CGCCUUUAUAUAUCCCACUAAACCUUAUCAAGAAGCCAAUCCAAAAAGAACAAAAAUUCCAAAAACCUUUUUCCCAACAAAUUUUCUUGAAAUUUUGCAAAAAAAAAUAAAAAUAUUGACCACAAAAGAGAUGGAAGUAGUAAAAAACUUGAAUGUUGAAAGAUACAUGGGGAGAUGGUAUGAAAUUGCCUCAUUUCCCUCAAGAUUUCAGCCCAAAGAUGGAGUGGACACAAGGGCUACUUACUCUUUGAAUCCAGAUGGGACAAUACAUGUGUUAAAUGAGACAUGGAGUGGUGGAAAAAGAGGUUAUAUUGAAGGCACUGCUUAUAAAGCUGAUCCAAAUAGUGAUGAAGCUAAACUCAAAGUCAAAUUUUAUGUUCCUCCGUUUUUGCCAAUUAUUCCGGUUACUGGAGAUUAUUGGGUUCUACAUAUUGAUCCAGAUUAUCAAUAUGCUUUGAUUGGUCAGCCUAGUAGGAAUUAUCUUUGG